AUGCAGGACACGCUGCCUGCUGUUUCUGUCGCGGCGCUUGCUGCUCUGGAAAGCCUUGUCGCGGCUCAGGUGCAACGUACUGUGGACCGAGCGGUUCGACGUGUGCUGCCUGCACUGGUGACCUUCUCGGGCGUUGUCUAA